AUACUACGUAUGUGUGACACUGCUGAUCUACUUUCUGCCCCUUUGCAUUAUGGGAUGUGCGUACACGAUCGUGGGCGUCACCCUGUGGGCGAGCGAGAUUCCCGGAGACUCCUCUGAACACUACAAACAACAGCUGAACGCCAAACGCAAGGCAGUGAAGAUGAUGAUCGUGGUUGUGUGUACGUUUGCUGUCUGCUGGCUGCCCUAUCACAUCUACUUCCUCCUGCACCAGUUCUUCCCCGAGUUAUUCGAGCAGCGCUACAUCCAGCAGGUGUACCUCGCCAUCAUGUGGCUCGCCAUGAGCUCCACCAUGUACAACCCCAUCAUCUACUACUGCCUCAACAGCAGGUUCAGAGCAGGUUUCCAGCAGGUGUUUUGCUGCUGCGCUCCCGCCGCCGUCAAAGACGAGCUGGAGCUCAAGUCGCCGCGCUACCUGCAGACACAGGUGAGUAUAUAUCGAGCCAGUCGGAUGGAGACGGUUGUUUCCACCGCUGUCCAGCCUGAAGCGGCGGAGCAAAAGACGGCAGAGCUGCCGUCCUGCUCCCCCCACAGCCAGCCUCAUCCAGAGGUCACAUCCAACGGCUCGGGCUCGGAGACGCUGACCAAGAGCCCCGACAGCAGCUCACAGUAG